AUGGCGCUCUACCUCACAGAAGACGAGGUCGACGACCUCAGCUAUUUCGCCCGCGCCGGCGAGCAGGCCGACCUCGCCGAGGCCCUGGCCACCCUCUCAGCCCGCGAAUCAGUCGCCCCCGCCGCCAUCCUCACGGCGGCGCGCGACGAGAGCAAGGCGACAUGUUCUGCACAUGGCGGCCGGCAACGGAAACCUAGGUCAGUCGGCCCGCAUCCCUGUUCAUCGGGAAAUAUGUCUCUGCGCCUUCAUUGUGAAAAUGGGAGAAACGGUUGCAAAGGGGGGAACGAAAAGUCUUGGAAUGUGAUGUCUGCCUGGAGACUUCAAUACUGA